AUGUCAUCAUCUAGUACACAGCCAUCACAAAAGUCAGCACCCAAACAUACAGAAAAGGAAAAUCUCCAGAUUCUACACAAUGCUGAGAACCAGUCGGGAGCAAGCGCCCCAUCAGCUCCUGAAGUAGAGGCAGCACUUUAUGAAUUGGGCCGACUGUAUGCUUCAGAAUCGCGUGCUGAUGAAUUGGCCCAAUUAGUAGCAAAAGCAAGAACUAUUGUUGGCGGUUCAUCAGCAGCUGCCAGCAAGUCCAAAGCUGCUAAGAUCAUUCGUAAUCUGAUUGAUUUAUUUGAUGAGAUUGCUGGUGUCAAUCCAGGAGCUGCUAGUGCCAGUGGUACAUCAUUGACAAGUUCUCCACAAGCAGAAAAAGUACUUCAAACUCAAAUUGAUACAACUUUAGCAUGCGUUGACUGGGCUGUCCAGGAAAGCCGUAACUUUCUUAGACAAAGUCUUCAAACCAGACUUGUUGCGUUGUAUCUAAGGCAGAAGUCAUACCCAUUGGCCAUCCAAUUGACCGAUAAAUUAAUGAAAGAGCUUAAGCGCUUGGACGAUAAGAUGAUGCUUGUUGAAGUUCAAUUGCUGGAAGCAAAGGUAUAUCAUGCUCUUCGUAAUAUCCCCAAGAGCAAAGCUUGUCUUACCAGUGCUCGUACCACUGCCAAUGGCAUUUAUUGUCCACCAGCUACUCAAGCUUCUUUGGAUAACAUGAGUGGAGUACUACAAGCUGAGGACAAAGAUUACAAAACAGCAUUUUCUUAUUUCUACGAGGCAUUUGAGGGAUAUGCAGGACAGGAUGAUGACGAGAACGCAGUGAUUGUUCUUAAAUAUCUUCUUUUGUGUAAAAUCAUGCUUAAUCUCACUGAUGAUAUGGAUAAUCUACUGGCCACAAGCAAGUCUGUUCACAAGUACGCUAACAAAGGUGGUCGUGAAAUCGACGCUAUGAAAGCCAUUGCUAGAGCUCAUUCUAACCGUUCGUUAAAAGAAUUCGAGCUAGUGUUGGAAUCUUACGGCCCCGAGCUGUCUAAAGACCCAUUUGUUCGUUCUCACUUUUCUGCUUUGUAUGAUACACUUUUGGAACAGAAUCUGGUCAAGGUCAUUGAGCCAUUUUCAUGCGUUGAGAUAUCACACAUUGCCGAGCUUAUUGGUUUAGAUACCCGUCAAAUUGAGGGCAAGCUGAGUCAAAUGAUCCUUGACAAGAUUUUCUAUGGUGUCCUUGACCAAGGUAACGGCUGGUUGUUCGUUUACGACGAGCCCCAGUCCGAUAAGACUUACGACUUGGCCAUUGACACCAUCAAACACAUGUCGACUGUUGUCGAUCUUUUAUAUGAUAGAGCCGCUGCUUUAAAUUAA